CCAGCCGUGUAGUAUAUAAUUUCUGGUUCCCAGAUCAUGGUAUCUGAGAGAGCAAGAGAGGAAACGAAAUAGGUGGAGAAAAAUGGCCGGUGUUGGGAACAGUUGUUUUAGCUCAGUGUUCACAGCUCCUCUUGAAAAAGAUGUGUUCUUGAAGAAGAUGAAGAAAUGUUCAUGCAGUUGUUUAAUGGGUUCCAACAACUCCUUGAAAUUGAACAAAGUCUAUUGUGGAUUGCCGGAGAGUGGAAUUGAAAAGAAACCCACAAGCAGCACAGCCUCAAAUUCAAAGAAAGUGGUUGAGGAUUACAACACAGCUAUGAAAAGGAUGAUGAGGAACCCAUAUGAAUAUCAUCAUGAUCUGGGCAUGAACUACACACUGAUAACGGAUAACUUGAUCGUGGGCUCCCAGCCUCAGAAACCAGAAGAUAUAGAUCACCUGAGAGAAGUAGAGAAUGUGGCAUACAUUCUAAACUUGCAGCAGGACAAUGAUGUUGAAUAUUGGGGAAUUGACUUGCAGUCGAUAAUAAAAAGAUGUAAAGAAGUCGGAAUCCGUCAUACGAGGAGGCCUGCAAAAGAUUUUGAUCCAGAUUCCUUGCGAAAUGGUCUACCGAAAGCAGUUUCAUCACUGGAAUGGGCUAUACAUGAGGGAAAAGGAAAAGUGUACGUGCAUUGCACUGCUGGAUUGGGAAGGGCCCCUGCUGUGGCAAUAGCUUACAUGUACUGGUUCCUCGGAAUGAAUCUGAAUGCAGCAUAUGACGCACUGACAUCCAAGAGACCCUGUGGACCCAAUAAGAGAGCAAUACAAGGAGCCACUUAUGAUCUGGCCAAAAAUGAUCCAUGGAAGGAGCCCUUUGAGAAUCUUCCUGAAUUUGCAUUUGAGGAUAUGGCAGAUUGGGAAAGGAAGUUGAUUCAAGACCGUGUCAUUUCUCUCCGUGGAACAUGAACACUUAUGUUUCCAUGUGCUUUUUAAGUUCAAAUCAUUGUUGAUCAACAUGGAAGAGCAACAGUGUUGGGCACAAAGCAGAGGUAUUUGGGGUAUGCCUUGCCACUUUCCAGCAUGCUCAACCUUUUUCGUUCAAGGAAUAUUUAGCUUAGGUUUAUACUGUAGUCUGUAGAUUAGGAAUAAUCUGCACAAAGUAAAUAAAUGUGGCACUGAAUUGCAAUGACAGUAUUAAAGCUGUGCAAGAAAAUCUGAUACAAUAUGUAUAGAUAUGCAACUUAUUAAGAGCAAUUUUAUGUCAGAUCCUACAAA